AUGCUACAUCAACCUCUCCACCAUCCCAUCCACAGGGAUCCCUUCCACUACUCUUCCAGCAGCCCUGAGAAGGCAGCGCCACGAUCUCACGUCGCCACACGUGUCAACCCCUACACCGUCAAAUCUCAAAAUACCCAAUUUUACGCUUCGUUGCGCAGCGCGGCAACGUCUGUUCCACUCGAUCCUCGGCUCACCAGCACAGUCGCGUCGAGGGCAAUAACAGCGACAGCCCCACUCGCUGUCGACAGUCUCUACAGCUCCUUGGAAGCUGCCACUGUCUCGCCAAGAUGCACGUCCAAGCCACCUCCUCUGCCAAGUAGACCCAACUCCAAGCUCACCAUGGUCAAGCCAAAGCCGAGACCUGUCAAAGCUCUAGCAUUGAAUGUAGAAGAAGCUACAGCUAAGCGCUUGACCGGUGCAAAGGGUGCCCUCGUACCCGCCGACAAGCGACGUAGAAGCGUCAAUGAAGCCGCCAAACAGCAUAGCAGAAGUGCUGCUGUUUCGCACAGCAUUCGUUCGCAUUCUCGCUCACAGACGCACUUUGCUUCGAGUUCUCCGACACAGUCAGCCUCCCCGGAAUCCCCGGUACCUUCGAGGCUGCAAGCUCGACCAGCGUCUAAGCUGGUUGUGCCCAGGAUUACCAUUCGCGCAGCCACACCUGUUGCCGAGCCUAGUCUUGACGUUGCUGCUGAGAAGCAAGGCAGCGUCAACGCAGCUCUGAGCAAUCACAGCACUCCACUGUAUCGGGAUGAUCUCCUUAUCGACCUCGCCGCCGACUUUUCGAAGAUCGAGGACGGCAUCGACAGCAUCCUCAGCAAGUAUUUUGACAUUCGCAAAGCGGCACCGACCAUCUGCACCGAGCUACUCCGCUACCUCGCCACCUCUCUCUGCAGACUGUACUGCUGCGUGAGAGAUCCCGAGUCUGAUGCAGGCCAACUCAAGCUGCGUGCCAUCAGCAGUCACCUCUUCAAACACACCGUCACCGGCUUCAUCCACCUCCUCGACGAUCCCAAGGCGCCCUACGCCACUGCGAGCAACCUAUCGCUCGUCACGCUCAAAGUCAAGCAAGACUUUGACACGGCCACAGAUUGGUGCUGUCGCGUCCUGAACGGUCCUCUCCUCGCACAGCAGAGCCUCGAGCAUGGCGAGCUCUUCCUCAGCGUGCUCAAUGCUGAACUAGACUCGAUCUUCGAUCGUGGAGUCGCCAUGACCAACAUGCACAACAAGCUCGAUGUUCCCGGAAAAGGCUGGUCAUUCACAUCGACCUUUGGAAUCGAUCCUCCUGGCGAAAGCGACGCUCCAAGUCGGCCGGGAUCCAGCACGUGGCAGCAUCGUAGGAAGGUAUGGGAGCAAUGGAUCCAGGAAGGCGAUGAACGCAAUCGGUUCGUCAGUCUCGACGUUCUCAGAUUUGUGGGUCAGCUGGUACUGUCUCGCGUUGUCGGCUUUCAGGUGCUCGCCAAAUGGCUUGAUCGCUUCCUCGUCCACACUGUUCAUCUCGGCAUCCCGUCCGCUUGGGAGAUCGAAUGCGCAUGUGCGCUGCUGUUGAGCGUGGGCGCUAUGCUGGAUCGACAGACCUCAUCGCAGAACAGAUCAUCCUGCGGUGGCGACAAAGGGCAAGGAACGGAUCUCCCGUCGAGCUCGCCGGCCAAGCAGGAUGCGGAACAGGCUGACUGUGCGGAUGUCGAAGGGCUUGGCAUCCUCAACAGUGCCAUGCAGAGAGUCGAUCGUCUGAUCGCGCAGAAAGAAUUGAGUCCGCUGGCCCGUAGCUGGCUCGUCCAAUUGCGUCAGCUGCGCGAGCGAGGAUGGAAGAAGCGCGAGGACGAAGCUAUCUCGCUCGACGAUGACUUCGACAGCGAUUGA